UAGUUUGCUCUUCAGUUUUAAUUGAAGAAUACUCGGUUUCUUGCUUAAAUUGAACAGGUUCUGUUGGGUUCAACCGGUGCUCUUACACUUAUGACAGUCCUGUCUGUCAUUAUUGGGCGAAUAUUUAACUCGGUCCCUGCUCAAUUCCAGACAACCUUGCCAAUUGGAGAAUAUGCUGCCGUAACUCUUCUGCUAUUCUUUGGUCUCAAAUCAAUAAAAGAUGCAUGGGACCUGCCAUCCAGUGAUGUUAAAAAUGGUGAUAAAAGCAGCCCUGAGCUUGAUGAAUACACCGAAGCCGAGGAGCUUGUGAAAGAGAAGGUGUCAAAGCGGCUCACUAAUCCAUUUGAAAUUGUCUGGAAAUCAUUCACCCUCGUAUUUGUUGCCGAAUGGGGAGAUCGCUCAAUGCUCGCCACAAUCGCUCUUGGUGCUGCACAGUCUCCAUGGGGUGUGGCAAGUGGAGCCACUGCUGGACACGUACUUGCGACAUCUAUCGCUGUUCUAGGAGGUGCAUUUCUCGCCAAUUACAUUUCCGAAAAACUGGUUGGAUAUGUGGGAGGUGGGUUGUUUCUAGUUUUUGCGGUAGCCACAUUUUUCGGAGUUUUCUGAAAGUUCUUGCUAGCUCAGGAGAGAGAGAGAGAGAGAGAGAGAGAGAGAGAGAGAGAGAUAUCAGUGCAUUGAGAAAACAUCGCUGCACGUGUGGCGGCCGAGGAGUAGUAAUCGGAGAGAUAUAGAAGAGCUGAGGAUGUGCUAGUGGAGUACAUGCAUUGCUGGUAGCCUUGUAGGGAACUUUAUUCGUAUCUGAAAGGUUUGUAAUGAAAUGUUUAGAAGUUUGGCAAGGGACGGGGCAGUGGCAGAUGUUCUUUCAUCUGCUCAGUGGCUUCUCUGGAUGCUUUGUACUACAUAACAUAACGGUCCUCCAAUUCCAGUGAACGCCAUUGUUAGAAAUUGAACGACAAAAUUAACGGUCUUAAUCACUUUUUAAUCGCA